GCUUUCACCACUCACUACUCAGAUACCUUUGAUACUUGCGCCACUCUCUAUCUCAGAACACUUUCCGCAGCACUGAUCUCUUCAUAUAUCUGUGCUCGCUUUCACCCAAGGCGCGCAUACAAAGUCACUGGUGUUGCGUUAUGCGACGACGCCGUUACACACAAUGCCUGCCAAACGCCCUCAGGCAACUUUCGAGCCUAUUCCACCAGACUUCGACGUGAGAGAGCUUGUGGAGUCCACCGACAACUUCCAAUAUGUUGACCGCAUCUCGUGUGAGAUGAUUGAGCAGCAAGGUGUGGAUGCCUUCGAGAAGCUCGUUCUCCUCCACGUUAUCAUCGGAGGAAAGCCGCUUGUGGUUGAUGGGUUCGAGGAUCUCCUAGAUCCGUGGACGUUCACGCCCAAAUGGCUGAUUGACAACCAUGGCGGUAAAGUCGAGAACGCGCGCAACCUGACCAACCAACAGAAUCUUCCUCUCACGAUCCGCCACUAUUUGAAUAAUAUGGGCUCGCUCACUGAGCAGUUCUUCCAGAAAUCGAGUAACUACAAAGACAAGAAUAGACAGCGAAUGUAUCUCAAGGACAUCGAUUGUCCACCGGUAUGGCAUGACAAGCUUAAAGAGCAAAUUCCUGCCGGUGUAUUUUAUUUGAAUGAGAGUACUGGUGCAUUUGGCGGAGUCGGUGCUGUUGAUGAACCCAUUAUUGCAGCCAGCGGCCGUCGGAACCGUGGAUAUGGAAGAGCAGGCGACCUCAUGAGUAGCCUCCCAGCCGACAUGAGGGCCGAGAAUCUCAUGUGCUAUAUCGGGCACGAGGGGACCUACACGCCUUCGCAUAAAGAGAUGUGUGCUUCACUUGGUCAGAACAUCAUGGUCGACGCGUCCACUGCUGUUGGAGAAGAUGGAAAGCCUGAAAGACCGGGCUCGUCACUCUGGUUCAUGACUGAGACUAAAGACAGACACCUCGUCCAGGAGUAUUGGUUGUCGAUUCUCGGACACGACAUUGAAGUGGAAAAUCACUUUGCGCAGAUCAUGGCUUGGGUUUCGGCGCCCUUCAGGACUUACGUGGUGGAACAAAGACCCGGUGACUUCAUAUUGAUUCCACCACUCGCGCCACAUCAGGUAUGGAAUCGAGGGACUCGGACUAUGAAAGUUGCUUGGAAUCGGACCACAGUGGAAACCUUGGAGAUGGCAAUCAACGAGGCCAUACCGAAUGCGCGGAUGGUUUGUCGUGACGAGCAGUACAAGAACAAAGCAAUCAUCUACUACACCCUCACAAAGUACGGCACCAUUCUGAAAAAUGUCAAGCUUAUGUGCGAAGCAAAUCCGGAGAAUGCGUACGCCUAUUCCAGCAACAUCAAGAUACGACAACUGAACAAGGACUUCAAACGACUGUUUGACCUCUACAAGAACAUCGUACUCUCGGAGAUGUUCGCAGUGGAUGGCGCAAAGGAACACCCGGAAUUUCUACCAUUCGACUCGAAUGUUACGUGCGCGUACUGCCGUGGUAACAUUUUCAACCGCUUCCUGACGUGCAAGGCCUGUCCAAGGGCACUUGGCACCGAUGUUGACGAACCUUACGAUGUUUGCAUGGAUUGCUAUGUCAUGGGUAGAAGCUGUGCUUGCACUUCCGACUUGAAAUGGUGUGAGCAGUGGAGGUGGAAAGACCUACUCUACAAAUACGAGGAAUGGCGCCGUAUCAUCAUUGACAUUGACGGAGGUGUUACUGAAAAGACUCCCCAGCAAAUCAGUGAAGAAAGGAGGUACUACGGCAAGAAAACUCUUGCACAGAUAUGUCAAGAACAGUUACGCAUUAGACCAUGGGUAGAUAUCCAGAAUCCCCAACAGCAGGAAGAGAAUGAGGAAGACGAAAGCCGGUUCAACGAAGACGGGACACUAAAGAAGACACCAAAAAAGCAAAGCAAAAAUCACGAUGCCAAUCACAAAGCUUGUCACGUUUGCCUCCAUAAGCAUCCCAAAUGGAAGAUGGCCAACUGUCAAUUUUGUGACCUAUGGUAUUGCUACGGCAGUCUCUACCGCGCUCAAGACCUGCUACCACAGACUGUUAUGGAGGACCUCCACUGGAAAUGCCCACAUUGUCGCCGACAAUGCAAUACUGGACGAUGCCGGGCAGACCCAAGGCAACGACCAUUCGAGCCAAAGGGGACUUUACUAGGUCAUGACACCAGGAAGGUCGCCGAUGUGCGCAGUAUCGAGGCUCUUUUCAACUAUGGCAUCUCAAACCUGCACUGGACGAACGAAGAGGGAGAUCCACGUGCUAGCUCACGACUCAUAGCUCUGCAAGCAGCAGCAGAACGUGCUAAGCAGCAAGACUCGACUUUAGACCCACAUUUUGAAGACGAGCACGGCAUUCGCUUCUCCCCUGUUCACGAAACAACGAGUAUCAAUGGGGGCAUUGAUGACACCAUGAUUGAUCCAGCACUUGGUGGUACAGGUAUUAGUAAAAGUAGUACCAACAACAACGAGGAUCUUAACAGCGAGCUCGAAGUCGAAAAUGCCAAUGGAUUUGACGAUGGACUCACCUCUUACCACGAUGCUGGUGAUUCCAACAAGAAAAAACGGAAACGCGGCGAACAAAUCCAAAUCCAGCUGAAAACAAAGGCCCCGAAGAGACAGAAGAAGAAUGCAAACGAAGAGCCCGAGCAAGAAGCCUCGGGACCAGUCAGUGCAGCUACCGAUGCAACCAAGGAGUUCCGUAGACAGCAAGAACAAAAAUUACUUGCGCAAGCUCGCGAGGAAGACCGCUAUAUCAUAGUUUGGGGUGCUAUGAGAGCUAAGAAACUGCUUGUUAAGCUAGACAUCGACUCGCACAAGCUAGUCGAGAUCACGUCUCGUCCUCCUGCUGGUGGUCUUCCGAUCAGACGUCGGCAAAUCAACAACGGCGCUUCUCGCCAGACAUCUACGAAUGGGGUAAUUCUACAAUCUGAUGUCAACAAACCCAGUCCCAAAUCGGGAGACAAAGCUUCGAAUGGUGGCCCAGCAAAGCCAGUCUCAGCACUAGUUCGUGUUCGUGGUGAAAAAGACGACACCUAUACCACUCGGAAACGGUGGUCAGAGCCGUCGCAAAAAAAGGGCGGCUACCAGGCUAGGACUCUUGAAGAAAUCGAUAUCCCUUCUGAUGGAGAGGUGUCUGAAGAAGAGUAUGCUCCGCGCGCUCAAAGGCGCCGCGUAAUGGAUGAAGAGGAACUUGUCCAGCUUCCGGAUGACUUCAAAGAUGGUACUGUCAAUCGGCGUCACACGACUGGCCAAGUAAGUGGGUCCACGGCUCAGAUUCGACCGCCGCCCUCAAAGCAGAACAAUGGAAAGUUCGCACGACCAAGUCUCCCGAGCAAGGCACAUCUCGAGGCGCAAGCAAAAGCUGCCAGAGAGGCAGCAGCACAGAUGGAUGAAGCAAAUCGUAAGGCAAAGAUGAUGGCAGCAGGUAUGGCCGAUGAGGACGUCCCGAUCACCAUCCCGGACGAUGAUUCGAACACAUCGUCGUCAGAGGGGGAACUGGUUGCCAGGCUGUCACCGCAACCAAAGACACCCACGGCGCCCGUGAUACCGGUCACGAUAGGGUUCACGCCUGUCAACACAAAGCCAUCUGAAUCCCCGCAAGAGCGUCGGUCCAUUUUCGACAAGAUGAAGAACAAGAACGUCAAGAUUGUAGGCAGAUCGAGCAAGACGAAGACGCUACCAAUAGCAAAGGCUGGAGCAGCUGUAUCGAAUCUCAGAGCUGACUCAGAAUCGGAGGAUUCUGAAGAGAUUUCUGCCCCAGCGCCAGCAAAGAAGAGAGGCCGGCCACGGAAGGUUCCAUGAUACGAGACAGCCGCAUGUGUUGCCGAUUAGUUUUCUCCCGCUUUGUUCUCUGACGAGUCUUACUAAAGGAGCCAUGGGUGGUUGUUAUAGUUAGCAUGGUGUUUAUAUGGUUUUGAAGUGUGGUUUGGACGGCAAGAAGAUGGAAAGUGUGUAUCAUGUUGUGCAUAGUUCACACGCCCAGUAUCAUAUCAUGUGAAUGAAGCUUCAUGCAGGCUUUUUGCUGCAAAAUGUGCG